AUGGCCGCCGCCGAUGUGCGCGACAUGCUGGAUUUGCCCGCAGAGGGCCAGCCUCGACCUCACAAGAAACAGAAGGUGGUCGAGAAGAGACCAGAGGGGAUUACUCGCGAGCUCUACGCGCUUCUAGGCGAAAGGGCGCCUCCGAUCGCCAUCAAUGAGAACCGAUACAAGGGACGGCCGAAAUGGAUGAGCAAGCUCAGAGUGCGCCCAUGGCAAAUGACUCCUUUCACCAACAAUGCUCGAUCGGAUGGGCUUGUUCUGCGUCACUGGCAAAGACAACCCGAAUCCGCAAAAGCACCGGCACUUGAAGGACCUUCGGAGAUGGAGGUCGAUGAGGCGAAGGUGGAAGGAGGGGCUGCAACACUAGAACAGGAAUAUACAUUUGCAAAAUACAAUGUCAAACCUCGAGUACCGAGACGCUACACGGACGAGGAAUACAACCGGCACUUGAAGAGCGAUGAAUGGUCGCGGCAGGAAACGGACUACUUGAUGGAUCUCGUCGAAGAGUACGACCUCCGCUGGGUCGUUAUUGCCGAUCGCUACGAUUUCCAGCCUCAGCCCAUGGACGCCGAAGCGAAUGCGACCGCGCUCGUCCCGGCUAAACGGUAUCGAACAAUGGAGCAGAUGAAGGCGCGGUACUACUUCAUUGCCGCAUCAAUGCUUGCGCUGGAACAUCCCCCAUCAGAAAUGUCCGAGGCCGAAUUCGAUCUGCACGAGAAGAUGAUGAAGUUCGACCCAGACCGCGAGCGGGCUCGCAAGGAGCUCGCUGCACUCCAACUAAACCGCACCGCAGACGAAGUACGCGAGGAAGGCAUACUUUUGGAAGAACUCAAACGCAUCACAUCCAACGAGCAAAACUUCAUGACCGAGCGCAGGGAGCUCUACUCCAGACUCGAAGUGCCCAUCAGUGUGGGUAAUACUACCAUGUACCAGUCUAGCCAGGGCUUAUCCCAGCUCCUGCAAACCCUCCUGCAAGCCGACAAGAGCAAGAAGCGACGCUCCAUCCUCGGACCAGAAGCCGCCGCUCCCAGCCCAGCAGGUCAAACACCUACAUCGAACGCCCCAACCAGCGCACGCGACAGCCGAGCAGAUACCCCCAGCCACGCAUCCGCCGCUCCAUCCAGCAAGAAGGGAUCCGUCGCCGCCGCCGCCGCUGCCGCCGCCGCAGCAGCAGCAGCCAAGGAGCCGCCGCAAACCGUCAAGACGCUCACCCCGGCCGAAGAAGCCAGGUACGGCGUACAGCACCACGAGCGUGUCGCUCCAGGUGUGCAGUUCCGAAGCGACCGCGCACAGAAGCUCACUCAGGCCAAGUCCAACGUGCAGUCUCAGAAACUCGCCACGGCGCUGGCAGAGCUGGAGAUCCCGCCGCGUCUGCUUAUGCCUACGGAGCGCGUGUGCAAGGAAUUCGAGAAGCUUAUCCACUCGGUCAACCUGUUGCUUGAUGCGCGCAAAGUGUCCGAGAAGAUCGAGAGCGAGAUCCGUGUUCUGGAAGCAGCCAGAGAGGAAAGAGAGCGCAAGACGAAGGAGGUCAAGGACAAGGGGAAGCCAGAGGUCAAGGCUGAAGAGGUGGAGAAUCCUGAUUCUGCAGCUGGAGACUCUGCUACGGCUGCUCCCGCGGAAGAAGAGCGUGCGGAUACGGGACGCAAAGGUGCCGAAGCCGGCAAACAUACGGAUCGGAGUGCGGGGGACCGCGAUGGUGUGUCUCAUAAACGCUCAGCCAGUGUACUGAGCAAUGGGAGCGAUAAGAGUACCAAGCGGCAAAAGAAAUAG